AUGGAGCGAAUUCUGACGUUACUGAACUCCAUUAAGAUCACGCAGCAGAUUCACACAGACUACUUCUCUGUAUUGAUGAAAAAGAAUGAAGAUGCCCUUUUGGAGCAAGUGGACCUUCCCGAUCUACCAUUUUCGUCACUUUUUGCGUUCCAGCAAUUUGAUGAGGGGCUUCUUGUGGAUGCCAAAAAAAGGCGGGCUAUGAGGGAUCACUUUGUAAUACAAGGAGGCGACACAACCAAAGAGAAAACCUCACGAAUUCUUCGCACCAUCCUUGCACCAGCAGUGGCUACAGAGUUCAGUUGGUUCGGGGCCAAAGGCAAGAAAAAGUUUGUGGACACAAGCAUCUGCAAGCUGAUGUGCACCACCCUAACAGACAAGCAAGUGUCUGCCCAGGUGACCGCUACAAUAAAAGAAAUUGAGAAGUCUGCAAUGUCAUGGUUUAGACAUGCUGCAGAGAGGGCAGCUGCCUUGCAGAAGAAGAUGGAGACCGAGAAGUGCUUCGAAGAGUGCAUCAAAUUCGUUCAACUAAACAAGAUCGCUGAUGUCGUCAUACGUGUGACGUUCUGA